AUGUCCCCAACAAUCAAAAUACCUGAUGCACAUCUCGAGUCGAUGAGCAUUUGUAAUGAAUGUGGGAUAGUGUCGUUAAGCGGCAAAAGGACUUCGGUGAUUGUGAAAUAUAAUGGCGACCUUAGGAUUGUACAGCGAAUCCUUGACGAACAUCCCGAGGAGAGCUUCGAAUGCAGCGAGAUCCUCAAGAUGGAAGAUGACGUCUUUCUGGUACUUGGUGGCCGACUCGGAGUCAUAAAAAUACUGAAUCUAUCUAAAGGCAUGUUUACUGGCUAUAUCAGGGCCCAUGGGGGAUCCAUAUCUGCGAUCAAAGGGUACAAAGACAGAUAUGUGCUUAGCUGCAGUGAAGAUACAACAGUAAAGAUGUGGGAUAUCUCCGAGAUGAAAUGUGUCUGUGUGUUUGGUGGUUACAUGGGACACAGAGACCAUGUCUUGUCAAUAGAUAUAAGUGGCGACCUGAGAUACCUAGCAUCCGGUGGAACAGACUGCUCAAUAAUGGUGUGGAGAAUCCCUUCGUUCCCAAAUAAGCUAGAAUGCGUAACCCCUGUUUAUUCGUCCACAAGGAACCAUAGGUUUCCCGUUCAAUGUGUUAGGUUUUAUGGAGAGCUCCUUGUGUCCUACUCAGGAGAAGGUAGGAUUUGCGCUAUUCUCCCGAAGUACGGAGAAGCGAGGCCCUCAUUGGAGGAAACGAUAGCUGGAGAGAUCAAGCUGCAGAACAAAUUACUACGAAAGUUUGAUGUGUGCGGUGAUAUGCUGGUGGCUCUACUAGAGUCCCAGGACAUAGUCACAUUCAACCUGAGUAAUAUUGAAUCCCCCUCGCAGUCAACGAUAUUGAAAUCCAUUAGGGGAAAAAGAGUGCAGGACUUCUGUGUGGCUGAGGACAAGAUACUUGUCUUGCUUGAGAAUUCUUGUCUUAUGGUGAUGGCCAUUUCCUGGUGA